AUGGCUCAUUCACUCCCUGAAACUAUGAAGGCCCUCGUCUGCGAAGAGGUUGGUCAGCCCCUCAAACUACAAACGCUGCCCACCCCGCAGCCCACGAUUGGAAGUGUUGUCGUACAUGUGUUGUGCAUUUCAUCUCAGCGUAGUCUACCUGCUGCGUUGACUGGCAAAACCUUCUUCACUUUUCCCACGCCACUUACCCCUGGCAAUGCGGCCAUCGGUCGCGUGGCUGCCAUAGGGCAGGACACGACAAGCCUGGCAGUCGGUCAACUCGUCAUGCUCGAGGCUUUUAUCCGUGCGCGCGAUAAUCCGGAUAUCCAAAUUUUGUGGGGAUUUUAUGAUGGCCAGACGCCUGAAUCCAAGAAGUUCAUGGCUGAUAACUGGUCUCGAGGUACCUAUGCCGAGUAUGUCCGUGCCCCGCUUGAAAAUACUUGGGCCUUGGACGAGAAGAGGCUCUGCGGAUCGCCUUCCGACGGCGGCCUGGGCUAUACUGUUGAGGAUCUGGCGGCUCUGUCAGAGAUCCUCAUACCCUACGCCGGCUUGCGUAAUAUUGGUGUCCAAGCAGGCGAGAAAGUCAUCAUUGCCCCGGCCACAGGUGGGUUCAGCGGCGCAGCUGUGACAGUAGCGCACGCUAUGGGCGCUAGAGUCAUUGCAAUGAGCCGCGACGUUGAGACUCUGAAGAAAAUGAAGCGUCAAUAUCCAGCCAUAGAGAUCGUUCCCAACACCGGUGAUGCUCAGGCUGAUGCAGCGGCUCUAAAGGUGCUGGGGCCCAUCGAUGCAUAUCUUGACAUUUCGCCACCCCAGGCAGCUGCCUCAACGCACAUUCGAAGCUGCUUUAUGGCGGUACGGCAGUAUGGUCGAGUAUCACUCAUGGGAAUGAUCGCUGCGGAUCUGACCAUGCCGUAUAUCUUGAGUGUCGGGGGUAACUUGACCAUCCGCGGACAGUUCAUGUAUGAGCGGGAAGAUGUGAAGGGACUCGUCAAAUUAGCUGAGUCUGGAUUGCUUAAACUUGGCGAGGCAGGUGGGUAUGAAGUCCGUGGAAGGUUUAAGCUGGAGGAAAUCGAGGAUUGUUUCCGAGUAACCUCUGCGAGCUCAAGAGCGGGCCAAAUUGUGUUGAUUAAGCCUUAG